GCGAGGGAACAGGAAGGCCAGGCUCAGGGAGGGAAAGGGAGGCGCUGGCACCCAACCCCUGACAAAGUAGGGAGACCCACAGGGACAGGCCAGGCCCUGCAGGCCUGAGGGGCCCCAUCCCACAGGAGGCCCAGCCUCAGCCCAUGCCUCAUUUUACCUGGGAGAGCUCUGGGUCUCCAGACCACAAAGACACUUGACUGUGAGCAGGACUCUGGGCUCCCACCCUCCAGUGAUGAGCACCCAGAGUGGCCGCUGUAGCCCGGGACGUGGCGGUCAGGGCAGCCGGGAGGCGCCUGCUGCCUGCGGAGGAAAGGGGGAGUCCUCAGUGGGCCCCGCGCUCUUCCUGUUCCAGUGGCCGCCGGAGCUGGUGGGCAAAACCCAGAGCUUCAUCUGGAGGCCCAGGCAGGGAAAGCAGGUGCGCCUCUGACUCGCCACAGGGACAGCGGCUCAGGAAGUCACCUGCUGCUGGUGGGCACGGAUCGCUGUGUGGAGCCCAUAGUCGCUCGGCUUCCCAGCCCUUUAGACCGAGCCCUGGCAGAGCACAGCUCAUGCACACCGUGGCGCUGGAAUGCCAGGUCCACACUGCAGAGCCUGGGUGCCCCUCCCCUGGGGCGCCUGAUCUCUCCCUCCCCUUCCCUCUUUCUCCCUCUUUAGUCAUCAGCAGCUGCACAGAUGUCUGGGAGAGGGGCCCUGGAGUGGAGCCUUGGGCUGGGUGAGAGCAUCAGGCUGGUCCGAGGCUGCCCGGCGUGGCCAGUGGGGAUCGGGUCAAUUCCAUGAGGCUCCACAUCUUUUUCUGGAGAGUGGGGUGGUUCCCACCCCCUGAGCAGGCCCCAGGGGCAGUAGCCUGCGCUGCUCUGCCGGUGGCCACCUGAGGCUGGGGUGCGGGCCAUGGCCGGACUCUGGCCCGGGGCCCCAGGCAGCGCUGGACAGGGUGGAAAGCCAGGCCGCCAGAGCAGCCCAGGGUGGCCUGUUGCAUCACUGCCACCCUGAGCCUCUUCUCCAACGUUGCCUGGCGGUGGGGGGCCGGGCCCCAGGGCCAGAGUCCCCAAAUCCUGACAGUGCCCUUGGCCAGUGACUUCUGGGGCUCUGCCCUGACCAGUAUAGGAUUUUCUAGAGGGUUCUGAGCAUAUUCAGGUGGGAACAGACUACCCUGUGCCAGCCACUGACCCCACAUGUGGGCUUGUCAGCGGGAGCACAAGAGCUUUCCUGGUCUGGGUGCUCCACAGCCCCGGCCCAGCACAGUGCGUGUGCUGCCAUUUUUAUGAGCAGGCAGGUCCUGGAGGGUUUUGGCCACAGGAGGGGGUGACCAGGACGCCUCUGCACCUCGAGAAGCACGUCCAGCCCCAUAGGCCCAGCCCCAUGGGGCUUCUGUGGACCAGGAGCCCAUUCCCCUUGCAGGGAAGCGGGCCUGAGGGGAUGGACUGGACCUGCCCAGACCCCACGGUGAUCAUGGGAAAGACCUGUCCCAGGAGUGCGUGGCCCGGCGAUGAGGCCCUGACAACGUCCAGGGCAGGAGAUGGGGAGAGUGAGGAGGAGCCAUUCGCCGAAGUUGACAGACGUGCGUGGCAGCGCUGUUCAAACCUGGGCGGUCUGGAACCCUGAUGCACCCGCAAAGCUCCAGGGCCUGGCGGCUGGAGACGCCCCAGCCUUGAAUGCAUCCAUCGCCGAGCUGGGGGCAGCGACCCCCCUCACUGGCUACCCACAUGCCCCCAGGGACAGCCUCCCUGACACAGCGGCAUGCCUCCUGGCAGGCCCACGGGGGACCUGGGGCCAGGGCUGCUCAGCCUGCCCACGUUCCUUGGAAAGGCUGUCACUGGCUUGGCCAGAUCCUCAUGUUCUCUGCCGGAGUGAAAACCAGCUCGUUCUGUCCAAGCCUGGAACCGGCCCAGGCUUCCAGGAGGAGGCCACACCUGCCUGCCCUUGGCCAAGGGGAGCCAACAGACCUUCCUGGUUCCAGGGAACCCCAUGCUGUCUGCUUUGCCCGGAGGCCCUGCUCCCUCCCUUAGAGCAGGCUCACAGCCGCCUGGGUGUGGAAGGGGUGGCCGGGCCUCCCUUGGACAACGCUGGCUGGUUCUCUUCUCUGGCUGAGAGUCAGAGCCCAUGCCUGCCCCAACCCAGAAGCUUCCAGGAUGCUCUGCCUGAGCCAGGCCCUGGCCAGGGCCAGCGAAGGCCCCACCCUCCCGGCCAGGCAGGGCAGGGAGCUGAGCCCAGGAUGUGGAUCAUGCAGGCUUGGAUUAGCCGAGGGCUGGCCGUGGCUCAGGGCCCUCAUUGGCCUCUCAGAGCCUGUUUCUUUCCUUGUGAGGUGGUGACAGCAGCCCUGAUGUCACAGGAUGGAGCAGGAUCACAUGAACAGCAAGUCCUGGCUCACAGCAGGCACACGCAGGGGUCAGGACGUUGGCCCGCACUCUUCCCUGGGGGAUGGUUGCUCAGGACCCAAGGCUGGCCUCCCUGCUGGCACCAGAACCCAGGGCCCCCUGGGCACAGGCCAGGGAAGGCUGAAAGGAGGGGUAGCCUAGCACAAUCCAGCAUGGAGAGCCUCAGUGCCUGCCCCCAGCAGGGUCCCCAGCCCUUACUCCCACACCUUUGCUGGGCAGCAGGUCCCCCCACAGGGGUUCAAAGGCUGAUGGCCUUCCCUGAGGGUGCAAGGCUGGUUUUUGCAGAGUCCAGGUUGAGUGCUGGUGGCUUUGGGCAGUGGCUGGGGGCCCUGCAGAUGCUCUGUGGACACAGCCGAAUGGGCAGCACAGAGCCAGACCCUGCCCUGCCCUGCCCCGCCUCGCCCCAUCCCACCUUGCCCUGCCAUCCUCAGGGUAGGGUCCCGCAGGCCACAGCCUCCUUGCCUAUAGUCACCAGGCAAGGACUGCUCCCGAACAAUUCUAUUCUCGCUAGUGCCCCCCCCACUCCCCGUGCUUACACGGCUGCAACUUCCCCCAUCCUUCCAGCCCCAGCCUGCCCCAGGACACACUCCCUUAGGAAGGUGUUUGCUAAUGAAUGGCUCGUUGGCCCUCACGGCCCCUCAGGUGCGUGUCCCACAGCCCCUCUGGAGACUCACAGCCCGGCCUCUGUGCCUGGCUCAGAGCCAGAAGAACUCUGCAGCCUCCAUCAGUCACACCGAGCCCAGCCCGGGGAAGGCCCCAGAAGCAGGGAUGUGCAGCCUCGCAGACCCCCCUGGCCCUCCGCUCGGGGCUCCCUAGACUGCGUGCUCAGAGCCGGAGGAGGCGGCCCAGGCUGUAGCCCCUGCUCAGGAGGCCGUGGAGAACUGGCUGGAGUCCCCACCACGCCCUGAGUGAGGGAGCAGCAGGAGCGAGGCGGUUCUGUCUCCAUGAUAUCAGGAGGGGUCCGGCCGUGCUCCCAGUGAGGGCCCGGGGGGCGGAGCAGGAAGACACAAGUGACCGCAACGCCAGGUGUGGCACUGAGCACCGCGUGCAGGCCUGCCCGGUGACCCUCACAAGCCCCGCACAAGGUCAGGGCUGCACUCCCAUUUUACAGAUGGGGAAGCCCAGGCACCCGGACCUUGCAGGGAGCAUGUGGGGACUGGGGCCUUGUACAGGGCAGGGGUCAUGUGUGGUCCCGUCCAGGUCACCUUACAGGUGAGAUGCCCGGGCCCGCAGGUUGAGGCCGGCCAGCACCUUCCCCACAGACCCCCUUGGUGGCUCUGAGUGAGGGCUGGCCAGGGACAGGGCCUGCGGGGCACCACUGGGACCCAGCUGGAGGGUGUUCAGGAGCCAUGAGGACUGCAGUCAGGCUGGCCCUGGGACGCCAGAGGGGAUGCAGCCCUCACCAGGCCCCUCCUGUGGCCACAGCACAGCCCAGACCUGCCCGCCCCAGACAGGCUUCCAAGGCCUGGUUCAGGCCAGGGUACUGGGCCGAGGUUGUGCCCACACUGCCACCCCUCUGCUCUGGGUGCCCAACUCAAACCCGCCCGGCCCUGCCUGCAGUCUUCCAGCUGAGACCCUCUGAGGCCCCUGGUGCUGAGGGAUUAGGGUGCCCCCGUGUGUGGUUUGAAAUAAAAACAGCACUAAGCCGUCGAA